AUGAGUGUUCAAGCAAUUCCUCAAAGCAAUGAAGAAAACGAAGAUCUUUGUCAUCAGCUCUUGACUGCACGAACUGUGAGUAGCGUCACUGUUGGCUCAGUAGAGAAAGAAGAUGGUGAUACGAAAGCAGAAGAACAACAAAAACUUCCAAAAGAAGUGUCUCCAACUUCGGAACAGUUUUUCACUCUUCAAAGCAAGCGAUUUUCUCCAUCUAAUCAUCCACAUCAGCAAAAUGCAGUCAAACUUGAAGAACUGCUCUCAGAACUGCAACAGCUUGAUUUGGCCGUUAGAGGAGGUGCUUUGUCUAGUGAUUUGGCACAUGUUCGAGCACUGUUGGUCCACGAGAUCCACAAAUUGCAUUCAUUGCUUCCGAUCUAUCUGAAGCGUCGUUAUGCCUCUCAAAUGCCUUCGACAAUGAAACGGAUUGUUUGCGUGCCGAUAAACAAGAAAGCUUUCCAAGGGACUAUUGGACAGACUACAGGCUCGAUUCCUGAUUUGGAGUCGACGAUUGGAGUUCAAUCAACAGACUGUCCACGAACGACUUCUAAAUACUUUCUCCCUUUUCAGGCUCGCAAAUGGUCUAGCAGCAAUGGCGUUGGAACAUCUUCAGGCAGGACUAUUAACGACAAGUUUAUUAGAGAGGAGCCUGAAGAAGGGAAUGCAAGAACUGUUCGUCAGCGUCGAGUUGUGACCGAAAACGAAAAGGUUAAAGAAGCAGCAAAAACAGAUUCUUCUGCUAGUGCUCGCUUUCGUGGUCGUUCUUUGAAUCAUCAACAACAGCAGCGUUUGCAUCGACGUCUCUGUGCUUCAAUUCCUUCACUUUUGGAAGGCACAAAAGUUAGCUACUACACUGACCACAGUUGUGGGUCUGCUUGUUCUCUAAUGGCUGUUGGAUGUGGUGGUGGUGGUAGUGGUGGAUUCAACAAUAAAGGCUAUAUGUAUCCAUAUAGAUGUGAUUAUGCUCAACAUGUGCGCUUCGAAAACGACCAAUAUAUUAUGCAAGAGCGAAUCUAUUUGCCUGAAAAUCCAAGUUUCAAAAUUAUUGGACGAAUUCUCGGACCUCGUGGCAAUUCUUUGCGUCAAUUGGAAGCUGAGACUCGCUGUCGAAUUGUGAUUCGUGGGAAGGGUUCUGUUAAGGAUAAGAACAAGGAAAGGCGUUUGCGAGGGCUUCCUGGUUGGGAACAUCUGAACGAGUCUUUGCAUGUGAUGAUUACUGCACAACAUCCGGAUCAGUUUUCGUGUUCUCAUUUGCUUCAUUAUGCCGUUCAUUGCAUCAAAAAUUUGUUGACGCCGCGAUUCGAUGCUUACAAACGUGAACAAUUGUUGCAAUUGGCUAUAAUAAAUGGUACCUACCAACCUAGGCCUUGAAUGAAAAUGGAAAACAAGAAGGAAAUAAAUUGAGGAAAUAAAAAAUAAAUAAUGUAAAUA